UAAGAAAUUAUCAGAAUGGCAACGUAGCGUUGAGCGACCUCUGCUUCCGUAGACGACGUAGGCUCCCGUUGCCGCUUGCUGCUUCUCGUCUUAUUCGUGUCAAAAAUGGCUUCCUAUUCGGAUGGUCUGGAACACGAAUCCCAUGUGAAACGCAUUAAAUUAGAUUUGAGUGGGUCCAGCAAUGGAGUGCCGCGUGACGAUGGCGACUUUCCCGGUUUUUCCACAACGAAUCACGUCCCGGCCGAUCCCGCAGAAGGAUUUCCGUUGGAUUGUGAUUCAGGUUAUGAAGCAUCAACCAUGGAAUCCAUAGCUACACCAUCACAUCAAUCAGAUUCUUUAAUCCAGACACCAACUCACCCUGACAUUUCACAAGAUAGCAUUGAUGCUGAUGAUGAUGACAAUGUUUCAACUGUUAGUGAAUUGAGUGGCCUCUCUGAUUUAUCAGGGCAGGAUUGGAAACCAAUGCCUGGAAACAUGUCCUGGAUACAAAAGCAAAUUCAUAAUGGGGUUGAUCCAAGAACGUUGCUUGUUGAUCUGGGAGUUGAACAAGAUCAAAUUCCUCAGUUUGUGGAUGACAUGACACUUUGGAAAUUGAUCAUAAAUAUGUGUGUAGUUAUUCCAAAGAGACCCAAAUUAAGACAUGUUAAUACCUUGGAUGAUAUUGUCAGGUUAUUAAAAGGUGCAAAGAAAAUAAUUGUGCUUACUGGUGCUGGCGUUUCUGUAUCUUGUGGCAUUCCGGAUUUUCGGUCUCGAGAUGGCAUCUAUUCCAGACUUGCAAUUGAUUUCCCAGAUCUGCCCGACCCACAGUCUAUGUUCGAUAUCACGUAUUUCAAUUUAGACCCCCGUCCAUUUUUCAAAUUCGCUCGGGAUAUCUACCCAGGAAAGUUCAAGCCCAGCCCGUGUCAUCGAUUUAUCAAACUUCUGGAAAAGCACAAAAAACUCCUCCGUAACUACACGCAGAACAUCGACACGUUAGAAAAGGUCGCCGAAAUCGAACGCGUCAUUGAAUGCCAUGGUUCGUUCGCGACGGCAACAUGCACAAAAUGCGGCUACAAAGUAACGGCGGAUGCCAUCAGGGACAUUGUGCUAUCGCAGAAUAUUCCAGUUUGUGGGAAAUGCAGACCGGAUAUUGGAGAGGCGAUAUCUAUAGCCAAUCUAAAGGACCGAGAACCCGGAGAGUUGCGGGACCUUGUUUCGGCUGGCAUCAUGAAGCCAGAUAUUGUUUUCUUUGGCGAAGGGCUACCGGACGCAUUCCACGAUGCCAUGUCCGACGACAAGAACGAGUGUGACCUGUUGGUUGUUAUCGGCAGCUCGCUCAAAGUUCGGCCAGUCGCAUUGAUCCCAAGCUCGCUACCUGCUCACGUUCCGCAAAUUUUAAUCAACCGCGAACCGCUGCCGCAUUGCCACUUUGAUGUUGAACUUCUGGGUGACUGUGAUGUUAUCAUUAAUCAUCUAUGUCAUAUGUUGGGUGAUAGCUGGAAGGAAAGUAUUUAUGAACCUGAAAUGCUCAAGGAAACAUUACACUUGUUACCCAUAUCAUCGAAGCCGACGAAGGACUGUCAAUGCGUUGAUGAGUCCUGCAUUAAUUGUGAUUGCAAACAGAAAACACUGUCAAUUAAAGAACGUCACAUGUCUGUUGAUUCAGCGCGAGAUUCUGGUAUUGGAGAGAAUUCCAACUUUACCGACGUCGAGACCGUCAAAGACAUAGACGAGAUUGAGAUUAAAAAAUUAGACACAGAUAACUUCCUGCCAAGUUUCGACUCGGAACUUGCGAGUGCUGAUUUUCUGCCGAAGGAUAAGGAUGAUCUGAUUACGUCGGGAUGUAGCACGUCGAUCCAUGAGCCGAAUUCGUUCGCAAACAUCUUGGACUCGUCAACGGAGAACAAAGAUGUUACCCAAGAAUCGGAGACAAAUGACGAUUUGUCCGGAUAUUGGGAACCGAAGCAGAAACGAAGCAUCACUGAUCGACUGCCACCGAACUCGUACUAUCUGAUAAAUCCGAGUCGCUACAUAUUCCCAGGCGCUGAGGUCUAUUACGAUCCAGACGAAAAAUGCAGUUAUCUCGAAAAUACAAGUUCAGACUCCUCCGACUCGGAUGAUUCUGAUGCGGAAAUCCAGGAUGUGUCUAUGUAAAUUAAUUUAUUUAACAUGGUAAUUGUAGGUUAGUACACAUUGAAAUUGUUGUUUAGCUACGGAUUAAUACGACUAGUAAGUUAUUGAUGUUGAGGGCUUCAUAAUUCUUACACAUAAUGUCUUUUACGAAUUAUCUUUUAUGGAACCAAUCAUGACUUUUCUAGUUGUAACAUUCGUAACGUUGUUAUUAAAUUGGAAUGCGUGGUGUUUGGUGUGCGUGUGAACUUUCAUGAAUGUGAUUUCUGAGCGUGGAUUAUUUGGGAAUGCACAAACACCGACCUAAAUAGAAUAAGCAAAUUACAAAGAAAGAAACGGAAAAGAUUAUAAAUAUGGUUGUGUCUAUUGCAGAAUUUUGGUUUUGUGAUCUCGUUAUUAAUUUAACUAAAUUUAGAGGAUAUAUGUAAGCAUGGAAUAGCAAGAAGUAAAUGCAGCGCCAUUAUCGGCGCAUUUUCUCGUACCUUGUUUUUAUAUAGACGGUUUUUAUAAUUGUAAAUUAUUUCGUACCAAUAAGCGUAAUUUAAUUAGAGUAGAUUACGAUAUGAGAUUCAAGCAAUAUGUUCUUAAUACGUGUUUCUUCAUUUCAUGCAUACAUUUUCGCGCAUCAUGGUUCAUUUAAUCAAUUGUUAUUCAUCUUCAUUUAUUUCACGACUUGUCUUUGUUUUUUUAUUAUUAUAUAUUUUAUGAUUUUUUUAUUUGAUCAGUUUCAUAUUUGAGAAUGACGAACCCGGCAGACCGAUAAAAUAUUGUACAUACGAAAAAUGCAGUGGGAUGACACUUUAAAGAAUGAGUUUAGAAUGUAUUGUAUAACUUCACGUCGCCUUAUUAUAAUUUACGCAAUUUAUUUAUUUUUUAAUAAGCAGGUGAAGUAUUCGAAAACAAAAACUUCCAAAAAUUAAUAUUUACCUCAUAUACAUAUAUGUUAAAUAUAUUGUAACAGCCAGUAUAUAUUUUUGUUAUUAAAAGAAUUCAUUUCAUGCAACAUAAAUAAUUGUAAAUGAAUUGAAUAAUCUGUAAAUAUUGUUGAUAUUGUUAGGGAUAACUCUGUAAAAGCAGGUUGCUGGCUUUGCAGCGCGUGGAUUGCCCGAUAGCUAGCCAAAACGAACGACGGAAACAGAUAUUAAGUAUUGUAUAACUAUUUACUGUACUGUACACUAAUAUUACUUAAACAUUUUUUUACGAUCGAACUGACAAAUAACAAAAUAAGAGUAAAGGCGACAAGCGAAAACCAGAAUUUCUUGUAUGUAGUGAGACCAUGUAGUUGGUUGCAAUUGGAAAUGAUUUCCACACUUGAAAUCCUAUCUGUAAACUCUGCCGCGUAGGUGAUGUAAUUACACAUUUAAAUUUGCAUUACAUGCGUACGAACAGUCCUAUUUAUUCAAAUAAUAAACAAAUCAAUAUUUUUUGUAAAUUAGAUAAUGAAAGAUGGAACAUCGUUUGGAACUAAUAUUUCUGCAUAAAUAUAUUGCACUUCACGAAUUUGCAUACAAA